AUGUUCAAUAUAGCUGGAAGUCCCUGCACUAAGUGGCACCCCAACCAGUAUUGUCCAUAUAUGUUUUAUACAUAUAUGGAGCAGCGUACACGGACAGAUCUCUUCCAUUUUUCUCUCCAAUUCUCGCCCGAAAUGUAUGAUAAUCUUGGAGCACAGCCUGGGGUGCAGUUACCAUCUUCCAACACACAGCCAAAUCCAUUUGGGAAUACAUUCUAUGGUGCUAGUUCAGGAUUUAUUAGAGGUGGACUGGGUUCUUACGGAGAGAAAAUCUUAGGAUCCAGCUCUGAAUAUGUGCAAAGCAACAUUAGCAGGUAUUUCUCUGACCCUCAGUACUAUUUCCAAGUGAAUGACCAUUAUGUAAGGAAUAAAUUGAAGGUUGUUCUUUUCCCAUUCCUUCACAGGGGUCAUUGGACAAGAAUCACUGAGCCUGUGAGUGGUAGGCUCUCCCACAAGCCCCCAAUUUACGAUAUCAAUGCUCCAGACUUGUACAUUCCAUUCAUGGCUUUUGUGCUAAAAUGUUUACAAGUUAUAUUUGAAAUAUAUGGGAAUACUUCUUUAAUGUCCCCGCGGUUUAGCCCAGAAGCUCUGAACUGGCUGUUCGCCAAGGGCUUGGUAGGCUGGUGUUUGCAAGUUAUCCUUCUGAAAGCAACAUUGUAUACGUUGGGUAGUGGCGAGGCACCUUUGCUUGAUAUCGUGGCAUAUGCUGGAUACGCUUUCACGGGACUGUCUCUGGCUAUCUUGGGGAAGAUUGUCUGGUACUAUUCGUACUACUUUCUCAUGCCGUGGACGUGCUUAUGUAUGGGGAUUUUCUUGGUGAAGACAAUGAAGAGAGUUCUUUUUGCUGAAGUGAGGAGUUACGAUUCGAGCAGGCAUCAUUAUCUCCUGCUGCUCAUCGCCUUGGCACAGUUCCCACUAUUCAUAUGGCUGGGGAACAUUAGUCUCAACUGGCUUUUUUAA